AUGGACCUUCUACUCUUACCAACGGAUGUGAUUGUUCAGAUUCUUCACGAGUUAGAGUAUCAGGAUCUACUAUCUGCCGCUGCCACGUGUCGCACGCUGCGCUCAUUAGCUAAUCGGCCCCAAGUCUGGCUGAAUCUGUGCAAGCAGUGGGAAUCCGACGUGGCGAUUUCAGAUUGGCUCGUCGAGACGAGUUCCCCGAAAUGCCUCUUCCGUCUCUUGAAAGCUCUCGAUCCAUUGGCUGGAGUCUGGGCUGCUGAUGACUUGGCUCCACGUGGCGGUCUGCUGUUUGCUAGUUGGGAAAAGAUGUCCAUGGUCGCUUAUCGCAUCAUUCCUGACUGGCUUGACGGGUCUCUGCUCUGCGCGCGUCUCUUCCUCAUCUCCGCCCUCCCCGACGGAACCACGCAGCUGCGCCUCCUAGCCGGGCGCGGGUUGGAGGAGCAGCACACUGUGGAGUUACCGGGUGUGCUUGUAUGGGAGACAGCUGAAAGACAGAGGUUCCACCUGCAAACCCUCCUCCCUGCCGCCCGCCCUGCGUCUCGGGACGGGUCGCUGCUCUGCGCGCGUCUCUUCCUCAUCUCAGCCCUCCCGGACGGAACAACGCAGCUGUGCCUCCUAGCCGGGCGCGGGUUGGAGGAGCAGCACACUGUGGAGUUACCGGGUGUGCUUGUAUGGGAGACGGCCGAGCGCCAGAGGUUCCACCUGCAAACCCUCCUCCCUGCCGCCCGCCCUGCGUCUCGGGGGAAUGCGGCUGGUUUGUUUGGAUCGUCUGCUCGCCUUGCUGCACCGAAUGCUGCCUUCUCUUCCCCUGCGCCCGCGCCCUCGUCUUCUGCUGCCGCUGCUCCUCCUCCUCCUCCUGCUGCUUCUCCUGCUGCUUCUCCUGCUGCUGCUGCUUCCGCUGCUGCUGCUGCUGCUGCUGCUGCUGCUGCUGCUGCUGCUGCUGCUGCUGCUGCUGCUGCUGCUGCUCCGCCUGUUUCCCCUGCUGCUGCGGCGCGGUUGAAUCCCCUGCUGGCGCGCUACAUGGUAAACGCCCCUUCCAAUACCAGCAGCACGCUCGCCGGAGCUGCUGCUGCUGCUGCUGCUGCUGGGAGUGCCAAUGUUGCUGCUGCUGGAAAUGCAACGGGAGCAGCCGAUAAUGGGGAGCAGCAGCAGCAGCAAGAGGAGCAGCGGCGGCAGCAGGAGGUUGGAGAUGCUCUGUUGGGCCGCCAGCUGCGAGCACUGCAGUACUUGUCGGGAAUAGCAGGGGCAGGCAGAGGGCUGGGCCGCGGCAAUGCAGCUAGGGGCAACGCGGGCGGUAAUAGCAAUGCUAGUAGGGGAGGGAGGGAGCAUGGGAGGGAGGGUGGGAGUGUGGGAGGGAGGGGUGGUGGUGGGAUGGCGGAUGCACUUGCAGGAGUGGGGACUGGUGGGUCCCGAGCACAGCUAUUCGGGCACCUGCCGUCACUGCAACCGUUGCAGCAGCCGUUACAGCAGCAGGAACAGCAGCCGUUGCAGCAGCAGCAGCAGCAGCAGCAGCCGUGGCUCCCGAGCGCGUUUCUUGUGGCAGAAGGGCUAGCAUCCGGCAGUGGCAACGGCGGGGGCAGCAGCAGCAGUCAGGGCCCAGGCGGUAGCAGCAGCAGCAGCUCCGCUGGCGCAGGCGGAACUGGGGCGGGCGGAGCUGGCGCAGGCGGAACUGGCGCUGGCGGAACUGGCGGUGGCGGAACUGGCGAAGGUAGUUCCGGGGGCCAUGGGUGGUCCUGGAUUGGCGGAGCAGGGGGAGGGGGAGGGGGAGGGUUCCAGGGAGGCGGAUUCGAGGGAGGGGGGUUCGGGGGAGGGUGGAAGCGCGGAGGGGAUGGGGGGAUGGUGGAUGAGGUGAGUGGGCAGGUGAGACGGCUGCCUGUGCCAAAGUCAAGCUACAGCCGGGUGCCCUUGACCCGUGGAGAGAAGGAGCGGGAGAGGCGGAGAGGGGCGGGGAAGAGGCGGGCGGGUGACGUGCGCGCGGGGGUGCAGGGAGGGGGGGAUGGGGCCGGGGGGAGCUUUGACGGAGUGGGUACUGGCGCAAAUAUAGGCGCGGGUGGGAUGGAGGCGGAUGGCAUGAAGGAGGAAGUUCUAGGGGCGGAGGGAGGAGGCGAGGGAAUGGAGGGGCAUGAAGGGUGGAUGAUGGAUGGAGAUGGGUGCGCGGAGGAGCGCGGGGAAGAGAGCAGAGGAGAAGGAAGGAAGGGGGUAGAGGGCAAAGGAGGAGGGGGGACGGGGGAUGCAGCAGAGGAGGUGCCUGCAUGGGCGUAUGGGUUGGAGGGGCUGUGGACGGGCGAGUAUGGACCCCAUGGUGUGGAGAUUUUGAAUGUGCUUGUACAGGGGGGAGAGAUCGUCGCGACUAAGAUCACAGGCGAGCCCAAUGUGCCGUUCGAUCCCAAUGUGCCGUGCGGCCAAGUGACCUUCGAGGCCCGCCUCGCCACAGCCCAAGGCCCACCCGACCCAUCAGAUCUUCCUCCCGCCGACAGCCUCCUGCCCCGUGGGCCUGGGGGAGCGCGUGCUGACCCGCUGGAUAAGUCUAUUGUCCCCUUUGUUGCCCUUCUUUACCUUCCAGGCGAUCCCAACGUGCCUUGCGGGCAACAUCGUCAUCCCCCUCGUCCCACCAACGGUGGUGAUAAGCCCCUUGCUUCCCCUUUGUUUCCCUUCCAUUUCUUUCCCAUCUCCCUCCCAGGCGACCCCAACGUGCCCUGCGGCCAAGUGACCUUUAAAGCCCGCCUCACCACAGCCCAAGGCCCGCCCGACCCAUCAGACCUUCCUCCUGCCGACUUCCUCCUGCCCCGUGGGCCCGGGGGAAUGCCUGUACCCCUGCUGACCAUUUCGGACCCGCUUGUUCCCCCUUCCUUCCCUGCAGGCGAUCCGAACGUGCCCUGCGGCCAAGUGACCUUCAAAGCCCGCCUCACCACAGCCCAAGGCCCGCCUGACCCAUCAGACCUCCCACCCACAGACGGCCUCCUGCCCCGUGGGCCCGGGGGAAUGCCUGUGCCGCUCACUCCCACUCGCAGCAUCGUCAUCCCCCGUCCCACCAAUGCUGGUGAUGACUCUGCUGGCAGUGGCAGCAACAUGGGCGCGGGCAGCAGCAGAGGGGGAGGAAGCAGUGAUACAAAUGGGAGUGAUAAUGCAAUGGGGGAUAAUGAUGCCUGUGAUGAUGGUGACUGUGAUGGUGGUGACGUGGAUAGGGCAGCAGAGAGGGAGAGGGAGCGAGCAGAGGAGGUGCAGAGGGAGAGGGGAGAGAGGUGGCAGAGAGCGACGACUCUGGCCCGUGCUGUGAUGCACACGGAUCAUGAUGCGGGGGCAGAUGACGGCACGGAGGUGCAAUUCGUCUGGAUGUGCCAGGGCCAAGGCCGGGUGGCAGACUACAACUUCCGCCGCCCGCAGUGGGUGAACGGUUGUCUGCUGGUGGACUCUGCCGCCCGCAUCACCUUCCUCUGGCAGGACGUGCACUUUGCCAUCCGCUUCCGCCGUCUCGACCUGCCCAAGCUGGUUCACAGUGCUGCUUAG